GUCGACUUCACAGUCCCACCGACCAUGCGCUAUGCGUGUAUUGCCCACACAGCGGCUUUAAUAUGGCAGGCGCGCUGAAUCUCUAGUUGAGCUGCACGCAUGUCGCUAUUAACUGGGAGCUCUCUGUAACAAGUUGCAUGUAUCAAGGGCAACAUGAGAAACCUAAAAUUACUGAGAACGCAGGAAUUUCAGCCAGUCCAGGCUCUUGGAAAUCCCCAGUGUUUCUCGAUCCGUACAGACAGAGGGACGUUAUUAAUUGGCACAGAGUAUGGAAUUGUGGAGCUGGAUCCUGUCACACAAGAGGUCACAAAUGAAGUUUAUUUGACAGCUGAGGGUUUCCUGCCAGAGGAUGGAAGUGGACACAUUGUGGGUAUUGAGGACUUGCCAGAUCAGGAGUCUGCCUGUGUGGCUACAGCAACUGGAGAUGUCAUACUGUGCAAUCUGAACACAAAUCAGCUGGAGUGUGUGGGAAGCGUGGAAGGUGGUCUAACUGUGAUGAGCUGGAGUCCUGACCAAGAGCUUGUUCUCCUUGCUACAGGCCAGCAGACUCUCAUUCUGAUGACGAGGGACUUUGAACCAAUUACGGAAAGCCACAUCCACCAAGAUGACUUUGGAGAAGGGAAGUUUAUUACUGUUGGCUGGGGUAAAAAGGAAACACAGUUCCAUGGAUCAGCGGGCAAACAAGCAGCUCAUACCAAGCCAAUGGAAAUGCCACCUGCAUCACCAUGGGAUGACCAUAGACCUCGGAUUACCUGGAGAGGAGAUGGACAAUAUUUUGCAGUGAGUGCUGUUUGCCCAGGAACAGGGGCACGGAAAAUCAGAGUGUGGAGCAGAGAGCUUGUUUUGCAGACUACAAGUGAGCCUGUGCCAGGACUAGAACAAGCACUUGCCUGGAAGCCCUCUGGAAGCUUGAUUGCAUCCACACAAGAUAAAGCCAACAAACAUGACGUCGUGUUCUUUGAAAAAAAUGGACUUCUUCAUGGUGAAUUCACACUUCCCUUCGAGAAAGGUCAAGUCAAGGUGAAGGAGCUGCUCUGGAAUUCAGAGUCUGUGAUAUUGGCUGUAUGGUUGGAAGAACUGAAAAGUGAGAGUAACCCUCAACCAAAAGCAUAUGUUCAGCUGUGGACUGCAGGGAACUAUCAUUGGUACCUGAAGCAAAGCCUGCAUUUUGGUAGCUCAGAGGACAGCCCAAUUGUGUCCCUGGCAUGGGACAGAGAGAUUCCAUAUCGGCUUCAUGUCUUGUGUCAACAAUGGCGUCAUUUCUGCUACGACUGGCAGUGGAGUACUGACCGUAGCACCGGCGAAGAAGCAAGUGACCCGGCCCAUGUGGCAGUCAUUGAUGGAGACAAGGUGCUGCUGACAGCCUUUCGGCAUGCUGUGGUCCCCCCACCUCUCUGUACAUACGUACUCCAGCUUCCUUGUACAGUCAAUCAAGUUGCCUUCCCGAUGGAACCUUCUAGGAGUGGGGAUCUUGCUGUCCUGGAUGCUAGUAACAGGAUUUCAAUUUUUAGGUCUGAUGGCCAUGUGGAUAAGGAACCCACAGUUAAAGUUGGUGCAGUUGGUGGAAGUGGAUUUAAGGUUUCUGUUGCGGUCCCUCGGCUGGAAAAGUCAUACAGAAUUGACCUUGGUGACAACAGGGAAAGGAAAAAUCCACUGGGGCUUCGCCUUGUCACCUGGCUACAAGAUGACCUGUUCCUAGCUGUUAGCCAGGGACUCCUCCCAGCUCAGACUAUCAUUCACCAUCUGAAUUUGUCUUCGUCGGCAGAGGAAGGACGUGUUGAUAUCAGCUCACCUGUGUCAGUAGAUGGAGUUGUAAUCAGCCUGUGUUGCGAUCCAAAGAACAAAGUAGUGGCUCUGCAACUCUCAGAUGGUCAGAUAAUGAAAUACCUCUGGGGAGCUGAAAUGCCAACCGUCAUCCCUUGGCUGAGCAGCAGCGGUGCAGCUGUCCGGUUUCCCUCUUGGUGUGUGCAGACUGCACUAGCUAUGAUUGGUGGUGAAGAAACCGUCUUUGGCCUGACUGAUAGAUGUCGUUUUUUCAUUAAUGAUGUUGAGGUUGCCUCAAAUGUUACAUCAUUUGCCAUCCAUGAUGAGUUUUUGUUGGUGACCACACAUUCUCACACCUGCCAAUGCCUGUCUCUGAAGAACACAUCCCUGAAAGCUUUGCAGUCAGGUUUGGGCAGCACAUCUGUCCCCAACAGUGAGACCCUACGCAAGGUUGAAAGAGGAUCACGGAUAGUUACAAUUGUGCCACAGGAUACAAAGCUAAUAUUGCAGGUGCCAAGAGGGAACUUGGAAACCAUUCAUCAUCGGGCUCUCGUUUUGGCCCAGGUGCGCAAGUGGCUGGACAGGCUACAGUUCAAAGAAGCAUUUGAAUGUAUGAGGAAGCUGAGAAUCAAUCUUAACUUCAUUUAUGACCACAAUCCAAAGGUUUUCCUGGAAAAUGUGGAAACAUUCAUAAAACAAAUUGAUUCUGUGAAUUAUAUUAACUUGUUUCUUGCUGAACUGAAAGAAGAAGACUUCACAAAGACUAUGUAUCCACCUCUAGAUCCCAGCAGUACUCAUGAGCUGCACAGUUCUAAUAGUAAAAAAGUUGACCUCAUCUGUGAUGCAAUGAGAACAGCCAUGGAGAACAUCAGUGCAUCUAAAUACUGCUUAUCCAUACUGACAUCUCAUGUGAAAAAGAGCCCUCCAGAACUGGCAACUGUCCUGCAGAGAAUCCGUGAGCUUAGAGAACAAGCACCAGCAACUGCUGGAUCCGUCAGUGCAGAAGAAGCUCUGAAAUACCUGCUGUACCUGGUGGAUGUUGGUGAAUUGUAUGACCAUUCCCUGGGGACAUACGAUUUUGAUUUAGUCAUCAUGGUUGCUGAGAAAUCCCAGAAGGACCCCAAGGAAUAUCUACCAUUUUUAAACAAACUUAAGAAGAUGGAAAGCAAUUACCAGCGAUACUGUAUAGACAAAUAUUUAAAGAGAUAUCCGAAAGCUCUUCACCAUCUUCGUAAAUGUGGGGCAGAGCAUUUUUCAGAGUUUCUGAACCUGGUGAAGGAUCAGAACUUGUAUAAUGAAGCCCUGAAGUUGUAUCUACCAGACACUCCAGAGUACAAGGCCAUCAGCUGUGCCUAUGGAGAAUAUUUGAUCCAGAAGCAUUUGCCUGAACAGGCAGGGCUGAUCUUCUUCCGCUGCCGAGCAUUUGAGAAAGCACUAGAUGCCUUUUUGAUGAGUGGCAGCUGGCAGCAGGCCCUUUGUUCAGCCUCUGAGCUUUGUUUCACUGAAGAUAAGCUGGCCAGUCUGGCGCGGAGCAUGGCAGGGAAAUUAAGUGAGAAAAGAAAAUACACUGAUGCAGCAAUACUCCUGGAACAAUAUGCCAAGGAUUAUGAAGAGGCCAUUCUUCUCCUCCUGGAAGGAGCUGCCUGGGAUGAAGCCUUGAGAUUAGUUUACAAAUAUAGACGGACUGACAUUCUGGAGACCAACUUUAAACCCUCUCUCUUAGAAGUCCAAAGAAAUCAUCUGGCAUUCCUGGAGGCUCAAAAAGCAGCAUUUUCUCGCUAUCGGACACGCCUCUCUGUGGUCCGAGAGCUGAAGCAGCAAGCCCGAAAUGAGCUGCUGGACUUUGAAGCACCAAAUUGCCCAGAAUCUGACCUCUUUUCUGAUACCAGCAGCAUCGUGACAGCUAGUGACACGAGUUCCAAAUACACUCACAGUAACUCAAGAAUAUCUGCACGCUCUUCAAAGAAUCGUCGCAAGGCAGAACGCAAGAAACACAGCCUGAAGGAAGGGAACCCCCUGGAGGACAUCGCACUUCUGGAGGUUUUAGGGGAAAUAGUUCGAAGUGUUGAUGGUCUGAAAGAUGAGGUGCACUGCCUUUUAAAGCAUCUAGUCCUCUUUGGCUAUGAUGGGCAAGCCCAGAAGUUGCAGCAAGCCUUGGAGGAGACCCUUCAGUUGAUGGAACACACCCUCCCUGAAAUCUGGAGCCCAGACUUGCAGCAGAGCCCCGCCAACCCAAUCCUGGGUCCUAACUCAACUGCCAACAGCAUAACAGCUGCUUAUAGUCAGCAGAAAAUGACGACUCCCGCAGUACAAGAUUCUGAAUUGUUUAUACCUCCCAAACUCAACAAAAGCACCCAAUGGAAAUUGAACUGGGAACAGUGAUCUUUAACUUAUUCAUAAAUUAUCUAGAAAUUGGGUUCUGAGGUACUGCCUGGACAACUGGACAAAGCUCUCAAAGAAUAAUAGAUGCUGCAAACCACUUUUAUUUUCUAGAUUCAAUUUGGACUUCUGUCUUUUUAAAAAAGGGCAUAUAACUCAAGCUAAUAUUGGACAACAUUUACGCUAUGCAGCAAAAGCGAGGCCUUCCACUGAAUUGGAUGUAGGGGUGGUGAUUUUUCUCAAGGGCUCAGUUCUCACCCUGGUAGAAUCCAGGUCAUAUUUGCACCAGCUGAUAAUCUGAUUCUGGAUUUUAAGGCUUUAGCCUCGAAAUACCAUACUUUAAAAAAUGAGUAUAUUCUCUCUUCCCUCAGACCGAGAAAGAGCUUAAUAAACUUUUGUUGUAACUUUCUGAGUUUAACACUUCACUUAAUGUAUAUUACUUCCUAGUUCUCAAUUGCUUCACAUCCUACAAAACUGCUAUACAAAAGAAUUAUUAAAUAAUUGAUAUAGUCCUUU